AUGAUUCUCCAAAAGAUAUCGCAAUGUUUCGAUUUCGUCGACGGUGUACUCCAAUACCAGUACACUAAAGUUCUAUUCUUAGAGGGUGGAAACAUCUACCAUGCGCGAACCCAAUUUCGAAUUCCAUCAAACCUGAAUAUCACACUUCGCAAAGAGGACCUCACCCAUAUCACGCUCAUUCCUUUCGAAUCGUACUGCCCUCUCUAUUUACCAGAAUUCACCUUAGCACCGGAGUCUUCCCUAGAAGACUACUAUAUCAAAAGCCCAAAUCUCAUGAGCUAUGAGGAUGGGUGGAAUGUCUGUGAGACUGUUCUGAACGAUAUUAGAGCCUGCGAAAUUCUGAAGAAACAUCCUUCUCCAAAUAUUGCAAAAUAUCACGGCUGUCAGGUAUACAAUGGACGAGUUACAGGCCUCUGUUUCUCGAGGUAUCCGCAGACUCUGAUGGAAAUGGUCAACCCACGUCAUCUUAAUAGGGACGAAUUUUUCCAGGAAACGCCUAAAAUCACCAAGAAUAGAGCCAGCCACUAUAUAAGGGGGGUUGAGAGAGGUAUCAGGCACAUACACACUCUUAAUCUCGUCCACAACGAUAUCAAUCUCGAUAACAUCAUGAUCACGCAGGACGAUAAUCCCGUGAUCAUUGAUUUUGACUCUUGUUUGCAAGAAGGAAUGCCGUUAGGCUCUACCACGAAGCGUACGUUUCAAUGGCACGAUCCAAGUGUUCAUUUGUCGCAGACAAGCAAUGAUGAUUGGGCUUUCAAAGAGGUUUGUAGGUGGUUGACUGGAGGGAGAUCUGCAAAUUCGGAGGAAUGA